AUGGCGUCCGCUGGUGAUAUUCGAGACAUCAUGAACCUGGGCCAGGCUGGUCCUCGACAGCCUGCGCCCAAAAAGAAGAAGCGCGUUGAGCCACAACCCAGAUUACAAGGCGUGACCCGCGAAGUACAGGCGUUGAUGGGUGAUUCGGUUCCGCCGAUCGCAAUCGUCGAGCAGAAGUUGUACAAGUCAAAGCCUUCAGUAGCCCAGAAACUCUACAAGCCACGGCACUGGGAAGAGCGCCCGUUCGAAAAUGGAGGCAGGACCGACGGCUUAGUUCUACGACACUGGAAGCGAUCGAUUCCUCGCGCUGCGCGACCCCAAACCAUUAGCACGCCGACCGAUGUCGAAAUGACUGACGGAGUAAAAGAGCCGACAGAAUCUACUGGGCCGCAAUUCGAGGCUGAAUUUCCAACCGAGAAAUGGAACGUGCAGCCACCAAUAGCUACCUACAAUGACGACCAGUAUGAAGCUCACCUCAAAUCAGACGAGUGGACCAAGGAAGAGACAGACUACCUGAUAAGUCUCUGCCGUGACUUCGGUCUCCGAUGGAUCCUCAUUGGUGACCGAUAUGAUCCGCAGGAGAUAAAAGGAGAGGGUCAACACGCUACAAGAACGACUGAGGCACUAAAACACCGCUACUACACCAUUGCUGCGAAAAUGAUGGAAGUUAGCACCCCCCCGAACAACAUGACUGCCUCGGAGUUUCAGCUCUGGGAGAAGAUGCGCAACUUUGAUGCCAAAACCGAAACUAUGCGUAAAUCAAUGGCGGAGAAGCUUUUUGAGCGCACCAAGGAAGAGGCUGAAGAGGAGAAGCUUCUACUCGAGGAGCUGUACCGCAUCACUAAGAACGAGGAGGAUUUCAUUGCGCUUCGUAAAGAUCUGUAUUCACGUCUGGAAUCUGCGCCCGCCAUUCGACGCACAGAGCGGGGCGAGGAGCAGCCAACCGCCAUGUACCAGACGUCCCAGGGUCUGUCCAUGUUGCUGCAAUCGUUGCUAGCCAAGGAACGAAAGCUGAAGCGACCAACGAAUCCGAAUGAGGCAGCUCAUCCCAGUUCUGUUGACCAGCGCCGUUCCGGUCAGCCCAACCAAUACUCUCGUCGCGAAACAAUGGACUCUACCACCGACUCACCAGCUCCGUCAAAGAAGGCGUCAAUAUCACAACCCCAGGUCCGAACUCUCACCCCUGCCGAGGAGAUCAAGUUUGGCAUUACGCAUCCGACAGAACGCAUCACUAGUGGUGUGCAGUUCCGACAUGACAAGAUUAAUCAUCUUCUUAUGGCCAAGAGUCAAGUUCAGACAAGCAAAAUCCAGGCUGCUCUGACCGAGCUUGGCCUCGGACAUAGAGUGCUGAUGCCAACGGAAAGAGUAGUAAGGGAGUUCGAGCGCCUCAUCACAAAUGUGCACCUAUUACUCGACGCGAGAAAGACAAGUGAAAAGGUCGCGAACGAGAUCAAAGUUCUCGAAGAAGCGAGACGGAUACGCUUGGGUCAGCCAAAAGAAGGUGAGGAAGGUGGUGUGGGGCAGGAUGAAUCCAAAAAGCCUGAUGCUCAUGCUGCCACGGCCGCUCACGAAGCAACCGGCGCUGAGAAGGCCGAUGAGGAUGACGAUGCAGCGGGUGAAGACGACAUGGAUGAAUCGAGAGUUGAGACGGCAGCGGAUGAGAGCACUAUGCAGGUGGAUGACGCAGAUGGCGAUGACGAUGCGGAAGGAGAAGAAGACGACGAUGACGCAGUCGAGAAAUCUGCUGUUGCUGAAGAUGAAGACGACGAGGACAAUGAUCAGAGCUACGCUGACCUCAAUAAGGACGAUGAAGAAGAGGAAGAAGCCGAGGAUGACGAGGAAGAUGAAGGUCUCAAUGCUCUCGGCAAAGAUGACGACGAGGAGGAGGACGAUGCCGAGGCCGAUGACGAUCUUGGAGCGGAGGUGGAGAGCGAUGAAGAUGCUGCUGAAGCAGCGGAGAAUGAGUCCGACGCAGCGGACGAGGCGAAUGACAACGAGGACGAGGAGGAAGAAGAAAACGAUGAGGAGGAUCAAGCAACUCCAGCUGCGCAGCCAACGCCAUCAGAAGCUGAGGCGGAGGCUGAGGCGGAUGAGAAAGGCGGAAGCGUGGCCGAGCCAAGUCGUCCUUCUUCGAGUCAUUCGUUAGCGCUCAAGUCGCACAAACGCAGCGCCAGUGUCAUCAGUGAUGCCAGCCGAACAGGCAGCAAUCGCAGUGGAAUGGGGCGCAAGAAGCGGAGGUGA